AUGGCAGCGACUCAAUCAGCAUGGGCCAUGGUCACGCCCAUGCUACUCUUUUCAAGCUUUUGCUUGCUCACGGGUGAUUUACUAUUCGGCUAUGAUACAGAAAGCUUUGGUGGCAUUCUUGCAAACCCAGGGUUCAUAAGACAGUUUGGAAAGUACAAUGAAGAGUCCCGAACCUACGCUUUUGACUCCCUCCAUACCUCGCUACUAUCUUCGCUUGCCUUUAUCGGAAAAUUUAUUGGGUGCUUUUCUGCUGGGCCGUUGAUUGAAAAGUUCGGUCAUCGUAUCGUGUUUUUCGGUCUUUCGGUCGUUUCACUCAUUGGAAUCGUGUUGGAAAUCGCCGCUGCAGAUACCGGUGUCCUGACGGGUCGCUUUGCCCAGUUCGUGGUGGGCCGCGUCAUUGUGUAUAUAUCAGUGGGCCUUGUCGAAGUCACUGUGACCACUUAUCAGUCCGAAAUUGUACCAGCUUCCUUCCGAGGUUUUGUGGUUGUAUCCCUACAGCUCUUCCUCAAUGCUGGAAGUCUUCUUGCGUCCGGUGUCAACAAGGCUUUCUCUCUAGACACCAGUGCUACUGGGUGGAAGGUCGUGACUGGGAUACAGUUCAUCUUUCCUGUUGCAAUCGUUGCUUGUACGUUCAUCAUACCCAGCUCGCCCCGCUGGUUACUAUCCAAGGAUCGCGAAGCCGAUGCCAUCAACGCUCUGAGCCAUCUCCGACCCAAGACACACGCCGAACACGGUGACUGCGAAGCCGAAAUUAUCGCCAUCAGAGAAAGUCUCCGCCAAGACGUACACAAAGCUCCCUGGCUUGCUCUUGUUCGCGGGACACACCUACGGCGUACAAUACUCGUCAUCGCAACUGGACAAGCUUUUGUGUCGACUUAUCAAACCGUUUUCUAUUCCAACAAUGGUUACAAGGCCCAGGCUUUUACAUACCCCAUCAUCAACGGCGUCCUCGGAAUGCUUGCCGUGCUUCCUGCCAUGUAUCUUGUUGACAAGCUUGGUCGCCAAUAUACCUUGCUACUCAGCUACACACUACAAGCGUUCUUCAUGUAUCUUCUUGCAGGACUUGGACAAAUCAGCAACAAAACAAGUUCCGAAAGCAACAUGAUUGUCGCUGCGUUUAUGCUCUUUUCCUUCUUCUACAACAUGGGUGGCGCCUCCAUCCCUUACCUGCUCGGAAGCGAAAUACCCAAUGCUGCCCUACGUGAGAAGACGCAGUCACUCGGCACUGCAUGGAAUGUCGUCUGGGCUUUCAUUACGAAUUUUAUUCUGCCAUACAUGAUUAGCAGCCUCCACUUUGGUGUCGGCUGGGUAUUCGGCAGCAUAUCCGUGGUGGCAUUUGUGUUCACCUUCUUCUUUCUGCCGGAAACCAAGGGUCGUGCACUCGAGGAUAUCGAUGCCGUGUUUGAAGUUGGCUUUAGUCCCUUUCGGUCUGCCGCGGCGACGAGUUCUGCAAUCGAGCGCCGAGUUGGUUUAACAGGGGCGAGGAUGAACGGUUCUGGCGAUAAGAUUGAAACGCUUCCAGAGGUCAAACAUGUGUGA